CGCCUCACUUGUAUAACUCUAAUCAUUCUUGAAGUUUUCCUGUAAGAAGUUUUGAGAGGGAAUAUGAGAUUUUGCAUUUGAUCUCUAUACGAUCUCUGAAUUUCAUUGAAAUUCCCUCGAGUGAGGUUGGCGAGUGCUAUGAAUAUCUCAAAGAAAAAGGUCCAAGCUUUCGUUUCGAAUCGUGAGCAGGUCUCAGUGAUACGACUCCUUAAUGGCACAUUUUGCGCGUAUUACAAUAAUAGGGAGCGGAAGCUGUUAGGGAUUGAGUGGCGUUAGGGGCAGGGUCGAUGGAGUUAAGUGUCACGCGCUACUUGCAUAGACCUUAUAACGAUCUCGUUACCGUCUUAUCAACACCAAAAAAAUUGUUCUAAGACUUUUUGUUUCAGCUACGGUGAAUCGGCGGUGGUGGCUAAAAGGUCGUCUCAACCAGCAGAGUAUGUUGGCAUUUAUAAAGUACUUUUUGUAUUUUAGAGUAAAGAGUCUUUUUCUAAGGAGACACGGCUUUCCGUCGAGAUGUUAAGAGCAUUUUAAAAGGAUUGUGUCUUAAGUUUGAAAGAAGAACUUUUUCCGUUGCUUUUGACGCAGUUCCGCGAGUAAGGACGCAUAACUCAACGAACAUAAGAAGAUUGUUUAUUUUCAUGACACAUAUUUUAAAAGACCCAAUUAUUGGCCUCGGUACGGUCUCUUAGAAGAUUACCGCAAGUUCGACUGUACUCGAAGAAAAAGAAUGAAUGCUACGAAUACUACGGGCGGGUCAGUGGAUAUCACGCUUCGUGCCAUGCGCCUGGCGCUCUACCCGACUGUUCUGCUACUGGGUAUUGUCGGUAAUAUCUUGGUGUGUAGCGUUAUUUUGCACCAGCGCUCGCGGAAUGGCCGGCCGACCACGCGUUACUUCGUGCUAAACCUGGCGAUCUCCGACCUCCUCGUGCUCAUCAUGUUUAUCCCGUUCGACCUGGCGUACUUGGAGUACGAGGUGUGGACGUUUGGCUUGGCCAUGUGUAAGAUCAUCAACACCAUCAGCUACGCGUUCGUGACGAUCUCUGGGACGACACUAGCGGCGAUCAGCAUGGACCGGCAUAGAGCUAUCGUGUACCCCAUGAGACAGCCGUUCAGUGCAAGGGCUGUCACGCUUAUCAUCGUGUUCAUGUGGGUGUACGCUGUUCUGACGCUUGUCCCGUUCGCGGGCUCGCUGCGCAUCUUCCCUGACGGCCAAUGUCUGAAUGACCCUGCGUGGUGGGGAAGUACCCAGGCCUUCCAGCUCACCUACUUGUUCUGCGGGUUUUUCCCUGGCGCAGUCAUCCCGGUCUGUUGCAUCAGCGUCUCGUACCUCUCCAUCGCGCACCACCUUUACUGCGAACACCGACGGCAACUCCACGAGGGAAUCAUCGGCUCGCGCACCGCGUCCCAGAGAAUGCGUCAAAAUCUGAAAACUACCCGCGUUUUGACCGCACUGGUCGCGGUCUACGCAGUCUGCGUCCUACCGCACUACAUUAUUCUAGCAUUGGUGUUCUUCGACCGCGCGAAUACGGAGAAGCUCGCGUUCAUAGUCGUGUCUCAUGAGUUUACGCGUCUGUUGAUGACCGCAAAUAGUUGCUUGAACCCUAUAAUGUACAGCGUGGUGAGUAAAGAGUUCAGGCAGAGACUCAAAGCGCUUUUCGCCUCGCGAAAGAAAGCUGUCAGUGUCAACCCUGUUCUCCACUCGCCAGCCGUUAUCAGAAUGGAGCUGUUAUCACCCGCGUUGCUAAUGAAACAAACGCGGCUUAGGACUAGCAGCUUUCUUUGACCACCUUGCAAGCAACCUUGUACGCAUCCCGAGCUGGUUAACAUGUGGAGGCACUUGUAGGUCGAAGUUUGUUUUCAGCCGCUUGCACAUUUUGAAACUUGUUUGUUCGUUUUAAAAAUUAACCGGAAGCUAAGCAUCAGUUUAAAAGGGCUUGAAAUGUGCUUGUUUGUUAUUGAGAAGAAAGCUGCAAAUGUUUGCAAGAAUGUUGAAGACAAACUUCAACCUGACAAGAGGCUCAAAUGCGAGGUUGUCAGCGCAAACAGCAAUUAUCUGAGGAGAAAAUUCGAUUUUCUACAAGAUAAUAAUAAUGCUUGGUGGUGGUAUUACCGAGCUGGGAAUGACGUAUUUUGUUGGUUAUCUUUUGUUUUGUUUUCAUUAUUUUCCUUGGUUUUACCCCAAAGUUUGGGCCGGGGGGAGGUGGGAUGAAUAUCAGAAACUGUUAGUAACAUGAAGCAGCGGGGUUGUGCAUCAGGGACGAAUUUGAAUCCAACACAUGAUGAUGUGCAGGCGCCUAGUUCUGAAAAUGGUGAUUGGACGAGUAUCAAAAUUUUAAUAGAAUAGAAUUCAGGAUCAGUUAUUUGGGGGUGCUAGUUUGGUAUUUUUUGGGGUGGAGGGAGGGAGUUCAUUUCGGGCUUUGUCAGACCCCCUCAUGGCUGAAUUCUCCCUCCCCGGGCCAAUGCAAGGUCACUAUAAAAGGGUAUUGGACACAUGCUAAAACAUGGCUCAUGAUAACAAACAACUGCCUAUUUUGUACACAUGAAUAAUGCUAAGAAUGCUUUGCCAACAAUGCUGGACAACAUUUACACUUUGGGAACAAUUCUUGUAUACAAUAAUUAUGUAUACAAUAAAAAGGCAUCUAGUAAGGAUAUAAUAUCAAGAAGCUUUAAUGUUGAGUGAUGAGAAAAGGGUUGAGGCUAACUCGCAUUGCAAUGCGUCUGGGUUUAACCGAUAUUCAUGACUCAUUUCUAGAUAGAGAAGGUAAAAAGAGUUAGCUCGAGGGAGGCUAAUAACAAAGACACCACAUUUUUCUUGCUUUGAGUCACAAAAAUAGCACAAUAGGUAUCUGUGUCUACAAUUCAUCUUCAUCAGAACUUGAGUCCUCUACCAGCGAAUCC